ACUUGGUUUGAACUUUCUCACGAUUUAUUUUUGAACGCAAAAACACGGGUGCAGUAAUCUCGAGAUCAUCGAAGGCGAGGCAAGUUUUCACGUCAGGUAGCUAUAUGCUGUAUAGCUGAUGCUGAGAUACAGCGCGUAUUUGACAGGCCACGACGUUGCACUCGCACUACAGCUUGCACAAUUAUGUCUGAAAGUUUCGAUAUAAUUAUGUGAAAGCCUUCCUGGCGACUAUGGCGUCGGAUGAAUAUUACACGUUUUCUCAGAGCGACCUGCCAGCUUCAAGUUUUGGACUUAUUGAGGAAAUUCGGAGGCAAGGGAAGCUAUGUGACAUCACACUCAAGGUCGACGAUGAAAUCUUCACUGCACAUAGAAUUGUCCUCGCUUCCACGAUUCCCUACUUCUACGCUAUGUUCAUGCACGAUAUGAUGGAAAGCAAACAAAAGGAGAUCACCAUUCGUGGCAUUGAGGCCUCGGCACUGGAAGCUCUCAUUAAUUUUGCGUAUAGCGGCAAGGUGAAUAUCACACCCUCAAACGUGCAGUCUUUGCUAGUUGGCGCCUCAUUUCUGCAGCUGCUCAAAGUCAGGGAGGCCUGUUCGGAGUUCCUUGUUAAAAGGCUUCAUCCUAACAAUGUAUUGGGCAUACGUUCAUUUGCGGACACCCUUGGCUGCCCUGCCCUGGUCGAAGCCACUAAUAAAUUCAUUCAGAAGCACUUUCUGGACGUUUGCCAGUCAGAUGAAUUCCUUGCACUCCCCCUGCAAGAUGCUAUUGAAAUCAUUGGCUGGGAUCAGCUCUAUGUCGUGUCUGAGGAGCAGGUGUUUGAAGCAGUGAUGUCAUGGGUGCUGUAUGAUCGUGAAAACCGGGGCUCUCUACUGCCGGAGGUGCUGGCACAUGUUCGAUUGCCGCUGCUAAGCCCCCAGUUUCUGGCAGACCGGGUGGCUGCAGAGCCCUUAGUGCGUGGUUGCCACCGGUGUCGUGAUCUACUAGAUGAGGCACGCGACUAUUUACUCAUGCCUGAGCGCCGUCCAUUGUUGCAGGGAUUUCGCACUCGGCCUCGCUGCUGCCCAGAUGUGGCAGGCCACAUCUAUGCUGUCGGUGGUCUCACUAAAGCAGGUGAUUCUCAGAGUACUGUGGAGGUUUAUGAUCCCAAGCUCGGGCAUUGGCAGGUUGCUGAAGCAAUGUCAAUGACUAGAAGUCGAGUUGGUGUUGCUGUACUCAGAGGAAAACUAUAUGCCAUUGGUGGCUACAAUGGCUUGGAACGGCUGCGGACUGUUGAAGUGUUUAGCCCUGAAAGCCGCAUUUGGAGCCGGGUGGCAUCAAUGAAUUGCAAGCGCAGUGCUGUGGGUGCAGCUGUGCUUCACGACAAGCUGUAUGUGUGUGGUGGCUAUGAUGGAGUAUCCUCCUUAAACACAGUAGAAUGCUACAACCCUGAAAAAAAUGAGUGGACUAUGGUAACGAGCAUGUCCAAGCAUCGCAGUGCAGCUGGAGUUGUUGCUUUUGACGGCCACAUUUAUGCUUUAGGUGGUCAUGAUGGACUCUCUAUAUUUGGAUCAGUGGAGCGAUAUGAUGUGCAGACUGGCCAGUGGAGCCCCAUGCCAUCAAUGUUGACACGUCGGUGUCGUCUUGGAGUGGCAGUGCUGCAAGGGAAGAUCUAUGUCUGUGGUGGCUAUGAUGGGGCCACAUUUCUCCAAACUGCAGAGGCUUUUGACCCUGUGACCCAGCAAUGGCAGUUUGUAGCACCAAUGAAUGUCACACGUAGUCGAGUUGCACUUGUUGCCAACUGUGGCCGGCUUUUUGCUGUUGGCGGUUAUGAUGGUGUGUCCAACCUGAGCACAGUUGAAAUCUAUGACCCUGAGGCUGACCAUUGGAUGCCCAUAGCUUCAAUGUGUGCACACGAGGGUGGCGUCGGGGUUGGAGUGUUGCCACCGUUGUAGGAGAGUGCUCAAAAUGCAAGUACGGCCUGUUAUUUAGGCCUUUGUUUCUCAAACAGGCACUGGUAUUCUAAGCAGUUGCAGGUGCGAUAGAAGAAUGCACACAAGCUUUAGGUUACAAAUUCUCACAUCCUCCCUUUAUUCCACUGGCAACUAAAGAAAUGAAUAAUAUAAGGUAGCAUCACCAACUACAUCUGUGCACUUUUAGCCUGUAGAUGACAUAAAUAAAAGUGUAUAUGAUUGAUCGUCAUCUGAUGGUGUAGCCACAGUGUCACUAAGAAGAAAAAAUAUAGUAUUCUUUAGUCAGCCAUUGCCCAAGCUUUGUGGGGUGUGUUAUCAUCAUCAGGAAAGUCCUUUCUCGUGCAUUUAUGUUGUGUUUUGAGAGUAGACUUUUUUUUUUUUUUUGGUCAAGUACAUAUUUUUGUACACUGAUAAUCAAAAAGAUUUUGAUAUAACACAAGACGAUAUGUCGCAAAUGCAUAUUCUACAAAGAUAGUCAUGUGAAGUCCAUUGCAGUACAUGUUGCACUUAGCAGUUUAAACCUGGCAUGCCUUGUAGAGCUGCAGAUACGGCUGUCAGCUGCACGAGGUGGCUAGUUUUAAAAAUUAACAAUUCUUAGUUGCAUAGGAGAAGAAAUUGCAAUGUCUCAAUUAUUACAAAUAUGCAUCCAUGUAUUCAGAAUUUAUUAUGAUUUUAAGCCUCAUGUUCAUGAACUUGUUUAUGUGGAUUUGAUAUUAUGUAACAAAGAUUUUGUCACAGUGUUCUACUACAUGGGGGCAAUAUUUAAGUCGCAUGUUAUGCAUGCUGCUUUCACUAGCAGCUCGCUAUAUCUACUCAUGGCUUUGACCCACAUGUGCAGCUGGUUGUGGCAAUUGAAUAAGUUGGUUGUGGUGCUUGUUUUAGCGAGUUGCUGUAUGCUUUGCAGAACAAAAUAGGCUGAUGUUUGGCUCUUAUUUUGCCAAUUAAAAUUAUUUUCUGGCAGGUUUCGUAGAGUUCAGUAAAGCGGUAGCAUGUUUAUGGCAGGUUUUAACAAUCCAAAUGGUUCCUUUUCGUGAAUUACAUCGGCCGAAACACAAUUACAUUACAGGCAAUGAAGUCCUGGCAUGACAAUCAUUAAGAUUCCAUUUUUUUUUUAUUAUUAUGACCUGAAGCUUGUUGCUGAAGCUGGAAGUAGUACCUGGCACAGCAAAGUAAUGCCUGAUCAUCUGUAUGCAUAAUAAAAAAUAAUGAAAUCAAAUGUUCUAUAGAGAAACUGAAAAGGAGUGUUACAUCUUUGCCUGUCUGUGGAGAGCUUUCGCCUUUGGUGCAGGUCAUUUUCUAGCUGACAUGAACUGGAUGAACUGGAAUGUCAGGCACAUUUCAUAUACAAUAUAUGCAUGGUGUAAUUCAGCUGAUAAUAGGCUGAUAAGCAGUGUGCAAAAAGCAUUGAGUUUAUGACAUUGUAUUCUGGCAUUGUUUCUGCUUAUUGGUCUCUACAUCAUUGCCAUUGUUCUUAGAUGUUUUCUUUGCAUGCAGCUUCUUUUCACUAAUAGGAUGUUCUUCUUUUGUUAAUUCGUUACAAAAGUGUAAUUUUAGUGUUUUGCAAAAGUGAGCUGGUAAUGUGGUGGAGUCCUACGUCUUGAUUGUCUUGCCUGCACAUAAAAACACAUAAUUGCUUUAAUUGAUGAACGACUGCAGUUAUUUGAAUGAAGCUUUUUC